AUGUUGCGACAAGGUCUAAAUGAAGUACAACAAGAGAGAACUUGCCUUGAGAAUAAGCUUCAUGAGCAAAGAGCAAAGAGAAGAGGACUAGAGCAGGAAUUGGAAAAAAUCAAGAACAAAUUAUCACAGGUGAAGGAUGUUCAUACCAAAAAAGCAGAAAUUUCAAAGGUUCUGCAUCAUAAAGUUGGUCAGAUUCAAGCAUUAGCUAACAGUAUUGAAGAAGACAAUCAAAGUAGACGAAAGACAAUUAAUGAGAAAAACAACAAAAUUGAAUCUUUAAAGGAAAUUCAAUUGGAGGAAAUCAAAAGCUUUGAAGAAACUUUGGCAGCCCUUGCAGACAAACUUGUUGCUGCUCGAAAAUUCUAUGAUGAUAAUAACCUAAUUAAGGAGAUCUCGGUAAUUGAGGAAAGAAAACAACAGAUGGAAAGCCAAGCUGGAAAUUUUUAUCAGGAAAUGAUGGCAUUGCAGUCAAGUUUUGAAGAAUUAAGCCUUGAAUCACAAAACAAAGACAAUUUCAAUGACAGUGGAAUAGACCUGGAUACUAGGAAAACUAUUAAGUCACUAUUUCGAGAUGAACAAGACAGAGCCUCCUGCGUACUGCAGAGGGUAAAAACAGACUUACAGGGAGAUGAGGAAAUCCUUGACAAACUCUGAAUUAGACGCACAAUAACACCUGAAACACAAAAUCAAUCCAAUUUAGAGUUGGUGUCAUGAUUACUUGUUUUAUUUGAAAGCCAAGUUUUGGAAUACAGAAAACAACAAAUUACAAUGGACUUGGAGUGAAGGAUUCUAGAAGUGAACGGCAAAUGAUAACAUACAAAUAAACAUGCAUCAUAUUUUCUGACUUUAAGCUGUGUAAGUAAUUAAUAUAGUAACUAUUAAGCAAUUUAUGUGAUAUUUUCUAAUUCUUAUUUUGAGUGGCUCAGAUGUUGUUUA